GGAAUAGGUUCACCCAGUGUCUACCACGCUGUUAUAGUCAUCUUCUUGGAGUUUUUUGCUUGGGGACUCUUGACAGCACCUACUCUGGUGGUUUUGCAUGAAACCUUCCCAAAACAUACAUUUCUAAUGAAUGGUCUAAUUCAAGGAGUAAAGGGCUUAUUAUCAUUCCUCAGUGCCCCGCUCAUAGGAGCCCUGUCUGAUGUCUGGGGGCGGAAGUCCUUCCUGCUGCUAACGGUAUUUUUCACCUGUGCACCAAUACCGCUCAUGAAGAUCAGCCCAUGGUGGUACUUUGCUGUCAUCUCUGUCUCUGGAGUUUUUGCAGUGACGUUUUCUGUGGUUUUUGCAUAUGUAGCAGACAUAACCCAAGAACAUGAAAGAAGCAUGGCCUAUGGUCUGGUUUCAGCAACGUUUGCAGCAAGUUUAGUUACCAGCCCUGCUAUUGGUGCCUACCUCGGCCGAGUCUACGGGGACAGCCUGGUCGUGGUGCUGGCCACAGCAAUAGCCCUGCUGGACAUCUGCUUUAUCCUUGUUGCGGUACCAGAAUCGCUGCCGGAGAAGAUGAGGCCAGCCUCCUGGGGGGCACCUAUCUCAUGGGAACAGGCUGACCCCUUUGCAUCACUGAAGAAAGUUGGCCAGGACUCCGUCGUGCUGCUAAUCUGCAUAACAGUCUUUCUUUCCUACCUCCCAGAGGCGGGUCAAUAUUCCAGCUUCUUCUUAUACCUCAGACAGAUAAUGGGAUUUUCAUCUGAGAGUGUCGCAGCAUUUAUAGCGGUCCUUGGGAUUCUUUCCAUUAUUGCACAGACAAUAGUUUUGAGUUUACUUAUGCGUUCCAUUGGAAAUAAGAAUACCAUACUCCUGGGCCUGGGAUUUCAGAUACUACAGCUUGCAUGGUACGGCUUUGGAUCAGAGCCCUGGAUGAUGUGGGCAGCGGGGGCCGUGGCAGCCAUGUCCAGCAUCACCUUCCCCGCCGUGAGCGCCCUGGUCUCGCGCACUGCUGACGCUGACCAGCAGGGUGUUGUUCAAGGGAUGAUAACAGGAAUUAGAGGACUGUGUAAUGGUUUGGGACCAGCACUUUAUGGUUUUAUAUUCUAUAUAUUUCACGUUGAACUGAAUGAACUCCCCAUGCCUGAAUCACCAUCAGGAGGCAGUCCUGUUAACAUGUGUGAAAGGGUCGCUACUACCUGGUGGUGUCGCUGUUGUUUUCAGAAUUCUAUAAUUCCCGGACCCCCAUUCCUGUUUGGAGCGUGCUCGGUGCUGCUGGCGCUACUCGUUGCCUUGUUUAUUCCCGAACACACGAAUCUAAACGUGCGACCCAGCAGCUGGAAGAAACACUGUGGCAGCCACGGCCAUCCCCACAGCCCUCAAGCUCCCGGCGAGGCUAAAGAACCGUUACUGCAAGACACCAACGUAUGA